AGCGGUGUGCUUGGCAAGGAAGAAGCCACGAGAUCGAUCGAAAUAGUUGGGCGUAGGCCGCAAGGAAGCCGCCCGGCCGGCCAUCUCUUUUUGUCUCGAGUCUCGACUGCCUGCCUUGCUUCGCCCCUCGCAGCUCCCUCAUUUCACCUGCCUCUUCCUGCCGGAGACGAUGGCGGCCAACGGCGGGUGGCCGCGCAAGCACCGGAGGAUACCGGCGUUCGGCGACUGGAACUACAGCUACUACCCGCGCGACGACGACGACGACGGUGUGGCCGGCGUCGACGACUGGCCGGCGGCGUCCGUCACCCCGUGCUUCGAUUUCGCCCCCGGCGCCGCCACCAUGCGGACCGCUGCGCGCCCAGCGGAUCAGCACAAGUUUAACAAGAGAUCAUCAAUGCCGAACGCGAGGCGCAAGCGCAUCCCGGCGUUCGGGGAGUGGAACCACCAUGGCGACCACGGCGGCAAUGGCGUCGGCAACGGCAUCGGCAUCGGCACAUGGCCGCCGGCGGUCAUGACCCCGUUCUUCGACCUCGCCACGCCGCAGAAAGCAGCACCCAACAAGACGGCGGGGAGGAGACGACGACGGCGCGGCGGUGACGAUGACGACGGCUUCGGUGCGGCCAAGCUGGCGACGGCGGCGGCGGAGGCGCCGCCACAGGGGCACCUGCAGACGAGACGGAGCAAGGUGGCCGACUCCGGAUCCUACGCGGCGGCGGCGAGGAGGUCCUGCUUCACGGUGGCCAAACCCGUCGACGACGACCUCUACGUGGUUCCACCGGACAUGAUGCUCUACGGAAAGCCGCCAGGACCGAGGAAAGAUGGCUGGCUGAGGAUCCUGCGGCUGCUGGGUUGCUGCUCCUGCUUGAGCCCGUCGUAUUGACCGGCCGGAUCGACAUUAUUGCUCUGCUCUGCUCUGCUCAUGGUGCUCACGGCGGCCUCACGGGCUGGGGCACACGGACAACGUACAAGCAGGCUAAUCAGGGCUCGAGCUUUUUGGCUCUCGCCUCCCUUCCAUCCUGUACAAAAUGUCUCAACUUUUGGUGCAUCUUCUGAUCGAUGGAUGACGGCACGACAUGACGUGCCGGCCUCUUGCAUGAGUCUGUGCAUGCGUAGGUGUGACGCACACUGCUCACCUGUCGUGUGUGGUGUUGUGACUGUUCGCUGCUGACUCUGCCUGUCCAGUGACUGCUCGAAGCUAGAUUAAUUAGCUAGAAAAUGUUUGUGGCAUGGCUGUGUAACGCGAUUAGUAAGAUUGCAACGUAUUCAUCCGGUUGAGUA